AUGCGUCAUCAAAAGUUGCACAAACAUCUGAUGAAAACCAGCAUGUGCGUGAUAACUGGUUUGGCCAACGUUACUGGAUUCGACGAGAAGAAAUUCAGCCCAGCGUUGCUGGUUAAAUGGAAGCCCAAUUUCGUGCAUCCACUCAUGCACCAGUUGCCCCAACCGACAACCUCCAACUUCAACCGCGAUGAUAAAAAUGAGCAUCCAAAGAAAUGGACGAUCAUCGGCAACGUAACUGAAAAAGGUUUUCCACUCAAAACCUUUGUGGACUGGCUCAACAAUGGUAUCAACUAUGCCAAAGAAGUUUAUGCAAAGAUGAGAGAAAGUCAGAUGACCGACCUUGAAAUCUUCCGAGCGGAGACUAGAGACAUAUUUGCACCAGAACCAGCUUCCAAUAAAUGGACAACCUCACAACACCAAUGCAAAUCUGAUUGCGAAGUUGACCAGUUGCCAUACAUGCUCUCGCCAAAUGGAAAAGGAAACCUUCUCAAUUAUGCUGGAGAAAACAUUGCCGGAUUGAACAGUGCUUAA